GUCAAAAGUAAACAACACAUGGAAGAGAAAAUGCCGGUGAAGAAGGUCACACAUAACCGCUGUUUUAUAUAAGUUUUACAUUGAAUUUACAAACAAUAUUUAUUGGAUUAUACACCUCAGAUAUGGCAGAAUCUUAUAAGUUUGGAUAUUGGGGUAGUACAAGCGAAGAACUACUGAAAUCUCACUUCCCAAUUCACCGCGCUUGUAGAGAUGGCGACCUGGAAAAUCUGUCUUUGUUGUUGAUCGAAGCACAACACGGAAUCUAUGUUGAAGACAGUUUUUAUGGAUGGACACCUGCUCAUUGGGCUGCUUACUUUGGAAAGUUGUGUUGCCUGAGAAAACUUAUGCAAAGUACUCGGGUUGGCGUAAAUUGUGACAUCGUUACGACGAGGUUUCAACAAACGCCGUGCCACUUGGCUGCUUUCGGUGGACACCCCCACUGUGUACAGUGGCUGCUUCAGUCCAGGGCAGAUAAGAACGCAAAGGACUACCUCGGGGAAACACCUCUACACAAAGCUGCACGCACUGGAAGCCUUGAAUGUGUCAGCCUCCUCACAUCACAUGGUGCCACUUUAGAUGUUAAGAACAACAAUGGUCACACUCCCAGCCAAGUCAGUAAGAACUGUGGAUACAUGGAGUGUUCGGCAUACCUUGAAAGAACCAUGACGCAAUAUUACGAGAAACGUCAGCACCUCAGUGGUAUAACCCAGGAUCUCAGUCCGCAUGUGAAUUUUGAGCAGGCCUCUGUCAUGGCGGAAAAAUGUGUCCUCAAUCAGGCUAUUAAUGGUGGUUUGUUACCACCACCAGCGCAUAAUGGAGCUGACAUUCCCGAGUCUGGCCACCAUGAGGAUGCAGAUAUGGACUCUAUGGAGACAGAAUCUCCUGAAACUGAUACUCACACAAAUGGUCAAAAUGGGUUCCAUAUUGAACCUAUGCAUAAUGGAUCUGGUGAUGCAUUUAGCUCAAAUGGACUAAACAGAGCUAGCAACCAUCAUGAAAAUGGUUUUCUCCCACAUGCACAAAAUGGUCAUGGAGAUGCGAGAAAUGAACAUAUCGCACAACGAACAUCAACUCAGGAAAUGAACGGUGCUCAAUCUGGUGACAUCAUGCUCCAUAAUGACGUUGCGAGGAAUUGUGUGCCAAUCGCUGGGAAAAAAAGGUCCAGAGAGGAUGUAGAGGAAGAGGGUCCUAAAAGAAUGAGACGAGGAGACACAAAGGAGGUACCUCACUUCCCAAACUUACAUGUGGCCCUCAUUGGAAGUGGCAGUAUCAACAAUGCUGGUGAAUACCCUGGCAAAGAAAUUGGACUCACGGGGCAUGGAAUCUGAUGUGAUGUUCAACACUACAGGAAAGCUCAGAGAACCACUAAGAUGACUGUUUUAUUAGAUAAGGCACUAAAUAAUCAUUCACCUAUCCAAUUCUGCUUAUUUGCAGAUUUUACGUUUGUUCAUCGUUCAGCUGGUGUGCCAGUUGCAAAUGGUGCAAACUUUGCACAUGUGAACACCAUGCAGAUGACUGGAAUGAAUGGGCAUAUUGUACCAACAGAUGUUGAACACCAGGGACAG